CCUUUCAAUGCUCUACACGAAGACAAUUAUAUAGUGCGAUAGGGACUGGAGAUGACGAGUAUAUGCUAGGUGAGAUACUCCAAGCAUCAAGUACCAACACAAUUCUCGCAGAGCUCAAGUCAAGAUACCUCAGCUGCAAACCUGACAGGCUUUCGUGUCUUGCGCUAUGGAAGGACGAGUGAUUUUCUGAGACCAUAUCAUCUCGGUCAAAGGAAGGUAAUCAAGCCUCAUCUGCGCAGGCAUCUCGGACGACUCAGACUUCGUUGCGCGAGCAUGUGCAUGGAUGCACAUCUAAACUGCCAUCAGGUAUACGAGGAUACUGGACUCUCAAGCGAAGCAUUAGUUCUGCGCCAAGGUUGGCUGCCUUUCGUCCUCCAGCCUGCGCUUCUAUUCUACCCUGCUCGCCUGCUGAUUUAUUGCUGGGCUAAGAUGAUAAUCAGUCCACUGCACUUGAGCAUGUCUAACCUCUCCGAAGGAUCCUCCCAGGCAAGUCUAUGAGCAAGGUUCGUCACUGCACCGCCGCGAUCGCCCGUCCUGGUUGUGUGGAAGGGGUCGCUGCAUGAUAGCCUCAAGCCUACCUACGAAAGGAUAAAAGCCAACCACCCACGUCCCUCUUUCUUUCCCAUCAACCGGACGCCUGUGUCACUAUACCUAUCAAAAGUCUAGGACCGUCCACACUGUCUAAUUAAGAUACUAUGGCAGACUCCAAACCAACCCUGCAUCAUCUCAAUGACUCUCAGUCUCAGCGCAUCUUAUGGCUCCUCGAAGAACUCGAGAUCCCUUAUGACCUCGUCCUCCACAAGCGAAAUGAGACCGGUCCCAACAAAAGAAGAGCUCCGGAAGAGCUGAAGAAGACACAUUUCCUUGGGAAGAGUCCGCAGCUGUGUACAAGCGAUGGCAGAGUUGUCAUCGAAUCCCUCGUUAUCGCGAGAUAUCUGAUCGACAAAUACGACAAGAAGGAUAGAUUCAAGGGAGAUGGCGACUGGCUUCGCGACGAUGAGCUGUGCAACAUAGCUGCCGCUACCAUUGGAAUCCCAAUGUCCGUCGAAGUGCUGUUCACUAUGAUGGCAAAGUUGUCACCCUUCUUCUUGCGGCCACUGAUCUACCCUAUUCACAGAGGCAUACACCAGGGCUACUCGGGACCCGAGCUCGAUCUCAACUUUGGCUAUCUGGAUGAACAACUUGGAGAUCGAGAGUAUUUUGGAGGCUCUUCGCCAUCCAGAGCCGACUUCAUUCUCUCUUGGCCAAUGGACGUGUGCGCGCUGAACCACUUCAUCGACCUGGAGAAGUUCCCAGCUCUGGCUAAAUGGCACAAGAGAUGUCAAGAGCGUCCUGCAUGGAAGCGAGCCCUGGAGAAGGGAAACGGCUACAAUCUGAAAUACUGAUCAUGCGUUAUCUGGAGGUCAUGUUGAUCGGAUCGAACAGCGGAUGGCCUGAUUAUGAACCCGACGCGCAGAAAGUUGUGUAUCAAGUAACUUAAUACUCUACUCGAAAAAACAUGCAUGAAC